UUCUACUGAACCCAAACUACACCAGGGGGGGAAAAAAACGCCGCGUUUUUAUCUCCUCCCAGCGCAAAGAUCAUUUCGGUGACCCUCCUCCGCCGCGCAGCUUUCCCUCUGCAGAGGUUUUUAUGUCGUUUUUAGUUUUAUUUUUAUAAACAACGCCAAAGGAGAGCAUCAUUUUUUUGUUUCCCUCCGCAGUGGAGGAAGGGUUUGUCCGCCUGGGAUUGGGAUUUGACAGCAUCUUUUUUUUUUUUUUUUGAGCAUUCCGAAUUCACUCCAUGUUUCCUUUUUAGUUAUUAUUUUUUAUUGUUUGGUUUUUAUGCUUGGACUCUAAAAGAAGCCGAGUCGAGGGCUUUUUUUUAUUUUCUGUGUAGCUAGAUGAUGGCUACUUUGCCGGGAACAGUGCCUCGGAUGGUGCGCCCUGCGCCGGGCCAGAACUACCCCCGAACAGGCUUCCCCUUGGAAGUGUCCACCCCUCUGGGCCAGGGCCGCGUGAACCAGCUCGGCGGAGUCUUCAUCAACGGGAGGCCGCUGCCGAACCACAUCCGACACAAGAUCGUGGAGAUGGCCCACCAUGGCAUCCGGCCCUGCGUCAUCUCGCGACAGCUGCGGGUUUCUCACGGCUGCGUCUCCAAGAUUCUGUGCCGGUACCAGGAGACCGGCUCGAUCCGUCCAGGGGCCAUCGGAGGCAGCAAACCCAGGGUAACCGCACGGACGAGGGUUCAGAUGUAGAUUCGGAGCCCGAUCUGCCCCUGAAGAGGAAGCAGAGGCGCAGCCGCACCACCUUCACCGCCGAGCAGCUGGAGGAGCUGGAGAAGGCUUUCGAAAGGACGCAUUACCCAGAUAUCUACACCAGAGAGGAGCUGGCUCAGAGGACAAAACUCACAGAAGCAAGAGUACAGGUGUGGUUUAGCAACAGAAGGGCUCGGUGGCGCAAGCAGGCCGGCGCCAAUCAGCUAGCGGCUUUUAACCACCUUCUUCCCGGAGGAUUCCCACCCACAGGGAUGCCAACUUUACCCACAUACCAGCUACCGGAGUCCAGCUACCCCAGCACCACACUAUCACAGGAGGGCAGCAGCACGUUGCACAGACCCCAGCCCCUGCCUCCAUCCUCCAUGCACCAGGGAGGACUGAGUGCUGACAGCAGCUCUGCGUACGGCCUGUCAUCCAAUCGCCACAGCUUCUCCAGCUACUCCGACACCUUCAUGAGCCCUUCAGCGUCCAGCAACCACAUGAACCCGGUCGGCAACGGGCUCUCCCCGCAGGUGAUGAGUAUCCUGAGUAACCCCAGCGCCGUACCCUCUCAGCCUCAGCACGACUUCUCCAUUUCCCCCCUGCAUGGCAGCCUGGAGAGCUCCAACCCCAUCUCAGCGAGCUGCAGCCAGCGCUCUGACACCAUCAAGAGCGUGGACAGCCUGGCUUCCUCUCAGUCAUACUGCCCCCCCACCUACAGCGCCACCAGCUACAGCGUGGACCCUGUCACCGCGGGCUACCAGUACAGCCAGUACGGCCAGACUGCUGUAGACUACCUUGCUAAGAAUGUAAGCCUGUCCACCCAGAGGAGGAUGAAACUCGGGGACCACUCGGCGGUGCUGGGGCUGCUGCAGGUGGAGACGGGACAAGCCUACUAAAGCUACGCCCCUGCACCUGUAUCCCUCCGCCUCGCCCUCUUCCAUCUUGCUCCGUUCACUCCAGCUCGGCUCCCGUGCUGCUUCGCUAAGACAUCAGAGAAAGUGAUGCCCGYAGGUUCAAGAAGUCACUUUGGAGAAUGAAGCUAAACUUUUCAAACAGUUCUCAGUCUCUGGGCGGCGACACAUCGUUUCCUCUUAAUCACUUUGGCGCGUUCGCCUCGCAACUUGUGCUCCUGUCCAUAUCCAAAACUCUGUUUAUUUCACUCAGAGGGCCAGAUAGGACCCCCUGCAUGGUGGAUCUCAGCUGGCCUGGACUACUGUUUGUCAUGGCUGCAGUCCAGCACCCAUUUAGAGCCAUCAAUAACAUGUACUUUGACCUCGCUGUUCAUAGUAGUUAACAAAGCAAAUAUCAUUUGACCAACUCUUCUUAUUCUUGUUCCUUUAUGAUAUUGUUCAGAUUAUUGUUGCUGUUAUACGAUUAUGGUUAAUGUGAUUUUUGUUGUUCUUUGGAUCCAUUUGUAUCUCUUUUAUCUGUUAGAUGUUUGCGUGUAAAAAAAAAGAAAAGAAAGAAAAAAAGACGAAGCACAGCGGAUGACUGAGACGACCUGGGAGCGCAUGUCUGUUGCGUGUUUGCGUGUCCCGCACAUCCACACGAGAGAGGAUGAUUGUUUUCCAAGCUGCUGCUCCCCGAGCUCAAAUGUUCGUGAGCGAUUUGACCUUCUCACUUUCAUAUUCCUCCUGACAUUCCUAAAGAACUUGGCCACUCUGUGGGAAGUCUGGCAGGAUGGGAUCUGCAGGGAAUUGAAGCAGCGYUUUGGCGGCCAAUAGCGUUUCCCUUCGUAACCUCCAUCCCAUCCUUAGCUGUGGCCCAUAGGGAGGGGGCAUUGUUUGCAAAAACAGGAUUGGGGAAAUUAAUGUAUUUUUAAAUAUGGACCUUGCCAAGGAAGGCUAACUGAGCCCCUCGUCUCCCCCYGCCACCAAAUCCCAUCUGUCAGGGAAUCCUGGGUGGACUUAAACAGUGUAAAGCAGAUUAAAUCACACGAAUUUAACGUCAAAGCUAAUUCACAAUGACCCCUUCCAUUAGCAGCUAGUAUUUCAGUUUUUAAUCCCAUCAUUAAAACAUUUUGUAAAUGCACCUUCAGUUCAUUCCUACUUUCUGACUUAAUGAUUUCUUCAAAACAUUCCUCAGGCUUUGUCUAUAAAUUACACUCUGAGCUUUCCUGAAUUAUCUGUUGUGAUUGAAUAGAAGACAGGCUGUGCCACUCUUUAAAAAAAUCUAGCUUAAAUAAUCCAGUCAGAUGUGAAAAUGCACAGAUAACACUACUGAUUGGCUCUCCUCACUUAACUUUGACAUCCUGACUCAAAUGUAAGAAAAAAAUGAUGAUCUAAAAGAAAAGUUUGAUACGAAAAUUUUAGCAUUCCUAGUGGGUUUUUGAUAUGACCAGCUGUUUCCUGGAGGUGUCUGUGAUUUUAUUUUCCUUUUGUUUUAUACAUCAACGCUCAGUUGUUAACACUUGAGACGAGACUCGGUCCUCUGUCAAUAUUAAAACUUAAAAAAAAAGUACAUUGCCAGGAUCAGAUUGAGUAUUGUUUCUUUAUAAAGAGUAUGUUUUAUACUAAAACAAAGCUAUGUUGAGUGGAAGAUAAGUAAUGGAUCUGUGAAAGUAAAUGUUUUAUUUGAGUUUCUUUAACUGGUUUGUUUUCUGUUUGGCCUCAAUUUUUAUUUUUAUUUUGGCCCACACAAUGAUGAGUUUGUAUAAAUUAGUAAAAUCUAAAAUGGAAUUGAUUUUGAGUGAAACUGUGUGUGAGGAGAUCAACGUGAGCUGAACUUUCAGAGACUCCCUGGAUCGUAGUGUAUAUUAAAAGAAAUGGCGGGAAAAGAAAUCGCCACCUAACGGAGAUUUUUCACCAACAGCUUUUACAGACUGACUUUUAGCUCUGAUCGGACCACGGACCCUACACUCCGGUGCCCAGAGCCUUUCUGAGGUGACUCCCUCGAUGGUUCGAGUGACGAUGUGAGUGACAGUAGACUCUCUUUGAAAGAAAACAAAGAGUCAAGUUUGAGGUUUUUUUUUUGGACCAAGACUUAAGGAGAAUAAAGUAAUGCUGACUCCGCACUGUACGGCAGCAGUUUUACUUGCUCCUCUUAGACACCUCACUUGUGUAUAUUUUAAAACGAAAGAAUUUUAGAAUUGUCUUUAGUGUAUCAAACCCAUUUCUAACACUUGCGUCAAUAAACAUUUGGAUAUUUAAGACAUCCAGCUUCUUCCACUUCCUCCCGUCUUUUUGACCCUUAACCUGUUUAGUUGCUUUCUGACAUCUGUGCUUUGCUUUCCUCCUUUUUUCUGUUCCGCAUGUGUAUAUAUUAUCAUGGUAUAAUUUAUUCUGCUGUACGAAGUAUUAGAGUAGUGGGAAACUUGUAUUGGUAUUUACUACCUUCAGCCUGUUGAUGUGUUUAAUGUAACACUGGCGUAACUGUUAUCAAUUAAAGAUCCAAAACCGA